AAUGGUUCACAUAUUGUGAUGUUUACAAAAUUAAUAACAAUCCCCUCAUAUGGGCAUUGUUUUCCAAUUAUUUGAAUAAAUCUUAUUUUAAUGAUGUUAGUAUUGCUUAUGAAUUUUAAAUAAAAAGGAUAGAAAAGCGGAAACAUAAAAGCAUACACCCGAUGAACCUUAUUUAUGCAUACCUAUAAAUCGUUCGCGUUUUCACACAACGGCGCUUGCUGCCAUUUAUGUUCUAUUUUCAGGAUUUUCUGUGGAAACGUUUUCAUACUUCUUCCUUUGUUUGGGGUAUGAAUUUAUGAAAAACAAUGGAGAACCUGGUGAAAGCAGUUGGCGUAACAGGUAUCAAGAAGGACAGUAACAGUUAUUUUUCGAAGGCAAUUGACUAUAUUGCGACCUGGAAGUGGCUCCAUAAUUUCAAAUUGACGCGGUUUUAUGUCGACGGGAUCUACAAGCAGCUGCCCGAAACGUGGUACCAGUCUUUGAAUGCCUUGACGGAUGAGCAUUUGCUUUUGCUCCUACAAUGCAUCGAGAAACGUUCACGCCUUCGCACGACGUUCUCAAUGCUGCCCGAAUCCUUGCUUGAUUUUUUGGAGGAUACGAACAGGCUGACAAUGGCGCGAAACUUGAGCGAUGCUGUGGCCGAACUGCCUUCAGACUUGCAAACGUGUUUGGGUUUUUCGUAUGAAGAACGUGGAGAGUCGUUUAUGCUACAGGAAUGUCAGAUUCCUAGAAAUUUAACGUAUGGAAUGAGUCCUAAAAAGUACCACGAAGUAUCACGGAUGGCUGUAAUCGUCAGUCAAAUUUGCCGUCAACAGGACAUACAAUACGUCGUGGAUUUGGGCGCCGGUAUGGGUUACUUGGAUUGCGUGAUGUGCGAUGUGUACGGGCUUAAUGUGAUAGCAGUGGAGUGUGACUAUAUUCGUACGGAAUCCGCCACGAAACGGGCCAUCAAACAUACACGCAAGCGACCCAUGCGAGGACGCCUUUUUCAUCACACUUUAAAAAUAGAAUCCAACGAGCAGUGCGCCGCGGAUCUCCAGGCAAUUUUAGAGCAAUCUGGCGCCGACAGGUUCUGUUUGGUGGGGCUCCAUUGUUGCGGUGAUUUCACCCCUGUAUUCCUGGACCUCUUUGCGAAAUUGCCACUGGCUCGUGCCAUGGUUUGCGUGGGAUGCUGCUAUCACCUGAUGCAAUAUGAUCAAAGCGGUUCGCAUGUGCAGCGCUGUCCGCUGAGUUCCAGCGCGCGAACCAUCUGGAACGAUGUUUUGAAAUCGAACAGUAUGUUGGUGAGUGUGGCUUCCUUAAGACUAGCCACACAGGAAACUCGAGUGCGUUGGUUAAAUGAACUGGAUGCUCAUGCGCACUGCCAUUCUUUCCGGGCACUUUUAGAAGCUGCUGCAGAGAAAGGUGGUUUUCUCAUCCGUAAAAAACGGCGUCACGCUUCUACAGAUGAAUAUGGUAUUGAUUUUGACGCUUUUGUACGAAGUGUCUUCAAAAAUUACCAGAUCGAAGGCUGUACUGAUGAAAGUGGUUUUGUUGGGCUUUUGAGUGAAUGCUACACGACCUUCCACGAACCGUACUAUCGCACUUUACGGAUUUUUAGGGUGCUCCAGGGCUUGAUUCAGGGAGUUUUGGAAACCUUCAUCACCAUUGACCGCCUCUUAUACAUUAGAGAAGACUGCGAUAUUGACACAUGCUGCGUGAUACCAGUUUUUGAUGAAGCACAAUCUCCACGAAAUCUCUCAUUGGUUUCCGUGAAAUGAUGCCAUGUACGGAAAAACUGGGGUUUUUUUAUCUUUUCCUGAAUGACUGUGUCUGCAUAAAGUUUUUUUAAUUUUAAUGUGGAAGGUUUCGUUGAUCGCUCUGUUGGUCAAUAAAAGUGGUA